AUGGAUGAGCAUAAUGAACGCGAGAGCGUUCCGGCUCAAGCAGAACCCGUCACGGAAGGCGCGCAAGAUCGUGACGCGGAUGGCGAUCCGUUAGCGACGGAAACGGGAAAUUUAGACGCUGACCAAUCAGCGGGUGAAGUUAACGCUUCUGGAGAAGGAUCUGAAGGGAAAGUCGCUGACAACAUAACAGAUGCCAGUGCAGAGAACGAUGAUGAUGUUGGUGGAGUUGAUACCAGGGGAGCUGAUAACGAAGAUGCUAAUAACGGUGUCAACGGUGCGGCUGAAGGCGAUGAAGUCAAUGCUAGGUCAGCGGAAGCGGAAGCCGGAAACGGAGCAGCUAAUACCGAAACCGGAUCGGAUAUCGAGGCGGAGAAGCACAGUGAAGCAGAUGGCAACCAGAUGAACGGUCUUGCAACGGAUGGAGAAGAGACUAAGGUGACGCAAGAAGAUUCAGACAAGGAACCAGAUGGUGAAGCGAAGGGCACGGAUGCUGAAGCGACGGAAGCGGGUGGUGAAGCGGCGGCCAACGUGGUCAACGGGGUGCUGGCGGGGGUGCAAGUGGAGUACGUUACAGAGAAGCCGGAGAUUGAGGGAGAAGGAUUCGAGGAUUUCCUGAAGAUUUUUGAGAAAUUCGCAACUGUGGAAGAGCCUAAGAUGAAGAACAGAAUGAAGGUGGGCGAGCUGAAGCAGAUCUGUGCGCGCCCAGAAGUCGUGGAGGUGUGGGACCCCACAGCAUCGGACCCUCGCCUGCGUGUGUACCCCAAGGCGUGUUGCAACAUCAUGCUCAUGCCUCGUCUCCACCCUCUCGUCCCUCCUCCCCUUCCCCCAUCUCGUCCCUCUCCCCCCUCUCCCUCUCACUACCACAGGGUCCCUGUCCCUGCCCUGCUGCACGUCCUGCUGCUGCGAGCUGCUGACCUGGACCGACGAUUGCUUCCUUCUGCAAUUCAAAUUCUGUGCGGUGGUUUAGGGAAUCUGAUGGGAUUCGACGCAAAUACUAACGUUUUCCUUUCUUCCUUGUUUCCUCCCCUCCUCUCCCAUCUUCCCCUCCCUUUCUCUUCCUCCUCCUCCUAUUCCCCCCUCACAUCGCCUAUCCCUCCUCCUCCUGCGGAUCACCUGCCGCUACUUCCGCCCCACACCUUUCUCCCUCCUCCCGUCACCUCUUAUCCUGGCCUCGCCCCACCUACUCUCUCCUACACCUCCCUUCCUACCUUCUCUUCACUCCCCCUCUCCUCCACUCCCUCCUCGCAUCCUCGUCCGUCUGUGCUUCUCUUAUCCUCUCUCGUUCUCCCGCCCGCCACUCUUCUGCUCUCAUGCGUGGUCCAUUUGCAGGGCAAGAGGGGUAUCGAGAAGCCUGUGUGGCAGCUUCCAGACUUCAUCGCUGCGACUGGCAUUGAGAAACUCAGACAGGCAUAUGCGGAGAAGGAGGACAGCAAAAAGAUGAAGCAGAAGCAGCGCGACCGCAUGCAGCCCAAGAUGGGAAAGAUGGACAUUGACUACCAGGUGCUGCACGACGCGUUCCUUAAGUAUCUAGCAAAGCCCAAGCACGAGGUGUUGCACGACGCCUUCUUCAAGUACCAGACGAAGCCCAAGCUUACAUACGUGGGCGACCUGUACUACGAGGGCAAGGAGUUUGAGGUGCGUUUCACACUGAGUAGAGGAGGGGGAAAGGGGCGAAUGGGGCGGAAGGGGGGAGAGUUGGGAGGAAAGGGGGGCGCUUGGGGGGAAGGGAGGAGUGCGGGUAAAAGGGGGGGAAUUGGGGGGGCAGGGGAGAGAGUGGGUGGGGUAAAGGGAGGUAUUGGGCUCAUGCAGGGGCAUUGUCGGUCCCCUCCCUCUCGCGCUAUUCCCUAUCUCCUUUUCACCCUGUUCCCUCCCUCUCGUGCUACUCGCUCCUUCUCACCCUGUUCCCUCCCUCUCGCCCUAUUCCCUAUCUCCUUCUCAUCCUGUCCCCUUCCUCUGUUCUAUUCCCUCCUUUCUACCCCUAUCCCCUCCCUCACUCCCUAUUCCCUCCUCACCGCGCCCCCUCCCUCUCACCCUCUCAACCUCCCCCCGCCCUCCUCUCCCUUUCCUCUCACCCUCUCCCAUCCUUCUCGCCCUUUCCCAUGCUUCUCGCCCUCUCCCAUGCUUCUCACCCGAUUUCUCACCCCAUCCCCAACACAGAGCAAGACGCGGGACUACAAGCCAGGCCACUUGUCCAGUGCUCUGAAGAACGCACUAGGAAUGACUGACAGCAACUCGCCUCCUCCGUGGCUCAUCAACAUGCAGCGCUACGGCCCACCACCCUCAUACCCGCACAUGAAGAUCCCGGGACUCAACGCUCCCAUCCCUGCAGGCGCCUCCUUUGGUUACCAGCCCGGAGGGUGGGGCAAGCCGCCUGUGGACGAGUACGGGCGGCCGCUGUAUGGAGACGUGUUUGGGUCGCAACCAGCACCGGAGGAAGACCAGUUCGAGGAGGAGCCUAUUGAUCGGUCAAAGCACUGGGGAGAUUUGGAGGAAGAGGAAGAGGAGGAGGAAGAGGAGGAGGAGGAGGAGGAGGAGGAGGAAGAGGAGGAGGGGGGAGAGGAGAAGGAAGUGGGAGAGGAGGAGCUCCAGGCUGGCAUCACAUCUAUCGACUCGCUCUCCACCACGCCAGCAGGAGUGGAGACGCCAGACGUCAUCGACCUGCGCAAGGCUCAGCGCAAGGACGCCCCUGAGAAGCCCCUCUACACGGUGUUGGAGGAGAAGGAGGAACGUGUGGCCCCCACUACCCUCAUGGGCACAACACACACCUAUGUGGUCCCUCCGGUGGAUAAACCAGGCGCUCCCAAGAAGGAUGUGAAGAAGGGUGACCGCGUGGAGGUGACACUGGCACCAGAGGAGCUUGAGGAGCUGGACGACGCUGCUCUUGCUGCCAAGUUCAAGGAGGCCAAGGAUGCAGAGAAGCGGCCUGAGGAGAGGGAGGACUUCAGUGAUAUGGUGGCGGAGAUGGAGAAGAAGCGCAAGCGCAAGGCUCAGGACAAGGACAAGGCAGUCAAGAAACAAAAGGACUUCAAGUUCUAA